AGUCAGGGCUUAGGAGAAUCUUCUUUAGUCAAUCCCAUCAGCCUUUAGGGUGAUGGAGCCAUGUAACUCAGAUACCUUGGAUAUAUUAGUGUUAAGAUUCCUGGAGACAACCAUCCUCAACAAAAAACCUUGUACACAUUUUUGACAUCACUCAGGUUCCUGAUAUAUGUUUUGCUAUGGUAUUCCCCUAUAUGAGCUCUCCAUAUGUUCAACUAAGGCUCCUUAAAACAUGUUGUCCUUUGGUCUUACCCUACAUGGACUCUUCUUCAGGUCAACUGCCAGCAGAAUGCACUAUAUAUACAUGAACAGUCUCGGACCAGUCUUUGUUACACAUGUGGCAUGAUGAAGCUGUAACCCAGAUCUACAAUCAGUAAAGCUUGUCAAACUGACCAUUCGUGUGGACUUUCCAUUUUUCACAGUUAGCCUGGUUUUAAGAGUGAUGACCAAACUUGAUCAACUUGACAAAGUUUAGAGCCAUGAAUGAACUGUAGCCUAUUAAAGAGUCUAUCCAGCCUAACACUUGACUAACCAAUAUUUGAAAACUAAUUACUGCAGUCAUUAGUUGACAUUCACUCCAGUAAAAACCGUCUAUCCCCACACAUAAAUGCUUCCUCGGGCUCUUAUUUGGUAUGUGGUUUUACCGGAAGUCGUAUUCAUUAGUCGGGCUUCACUGAGGCUGCGCAGAGAGCAGCGAGGUCCAACGCCUGCUGCUGCUGUGUCCCUGUACUGUUGUUCAAAACGAGCGGAGAACAAAAUGUGAUGUCUGGCGUUUUGUAAAGAGAAACAGAGCAAACAUCUGCCGGUUAAUCAGACCGAGAAGAGAAAGAAGAGGAGAGGAAAACCUGCAGAGGAGAAACACAGACAGAGGAAGAAAAGGAGGAGGACAGAGGGGAAAAUCGGGACAGUAUAAUGCUGCAGAUUUAACUAAGAGGUAAGAAAAUCCGCCUCAUCAAUACUUCCAACUGAUUGAUUUGAAGUAAUCGAUAGUGAGAGGCUCGAGGCUGAGGUGAGCGAGGUUAGAAAGUCCAGCCGCCGCAGCCCGCAGCUGCUGAAUGUAGGUCAUUGUGUCUGUGGGCCGAGCCGAACCAAGCCGAGACAAACCGAGCCAAGCCGGGUCGUCCUGCAGCUGCAGCUGCAGCCAGGCCGCAGGCAGGCAGGCAGGCAGGCAGGCAGAGGAGGUAGAGGAGGAGGAGGAAGAGAAGGAUGAAGGUGAAGCCCUGCGGCAGGACUGACUGACUGAUACUGCAGUAACACUUCAUAACGCCAGUUUUACGCCACUACCUGCCCUCCCCGCCUGCAUUACUAAUACUAUUAAUGUUGCUUGAAUUAGGAAAAAUUAUAAUUGCAUGAAGUUUAAGUAACAAAAACAUUUUUAACAUUGCAAAAUAGUCGAAAUACAGUCACAUUAAGAUUUUUAAAGGGCCUCUUCAAGUGUUUGUCUGUUCGCAGUUUGAAUAUCUGCCAGAAAUGGAAACAAUUGCAGGACUACACAAUGCAAAACUUGAAAACUAAGCAAGCUAUUUCUAGAAAAUAUCUAAUAAGAUUUAAAAUAAGCUUUAAUCACGGAACGAAGUCCAGAUAAACAUCUUAUUUCAACAUAAUUUUAUCCAAAAGUAAGACCUGGAUUGAUCCUUUUGUGCAAAAAAAAUCUAUCAGGGAAAGAAGUUUUUACUUGUUUUCAGUUUUUCAAUAAGUUUCAUUUCAAGUGACUGUACAAGUAAACUUUUCUUACUCCACUGGCCUUUUUUGCUCAUACCAAUACAAUUCAAGCCUUUUUUGCCUGUAGUAUCCUGAAAUUAGGCAUGUAUCUAAAGUGGCCAUGAGACCACUCAAAUACCUGAAAUAACUUAUAUCCACAUCCGCUAUCUUGUAUUCUUGCAUUGUUUUGUUUUAAUUAUGCAUGCAUGUAUGUAUCCAACACAGGAGAUGUGAGCAUGAUGUACUGGAAAACAAAUUCCACCAACCCUGUUGUGAGGUCAUUAAUAAAUGAUUCUGAUUCUGACUAUGGCUUUGUUAGAGAAUCUAAUGAGAUAUUGUUACUUUUAAGAUUUUGAAGGAAUAUAUCUUAUAGUUUAAGAUAAACACUGCCAGCAAACUAUUUUACUCCUGUAUUGAUGGUAAAGCUCUCUUGUUCUGAUUAAAACAGCUUCUUCAGGACGGUGCUGUCUGGCUCUUAACAGAUUUGACUGCUGGCAAACCAAAGUACACCAUCAGACAACUUCUGACAUCCCCAACGCACUUAAAACCUUGGAGAAAAGUAAAAUAAAGAUUGAAAACAGGCAUUGACUUGGGUAUUUGAAAUGACUAAAACUUAUGGUACAACCAUGGGGUGGAUAGAUGAUAACUUUAGUUAUGAAAGAUGAAUUUAAAAAUAUAGGCCAUGGAUUUGACUCCGAUUGAAAUCUAGAUAAAGAGAUUUGUGUGAAAUCAUGUUGAGUUAACAUUUAAAAAUCACAUAAGCUCAUCAUAAAGUGUGCCACUGUGAUAGUGAACUAAUUCAGUAGGACAGGGCAAAAUUCACCAGAUUUUGUAUUCGCUUUCUCCUACCAACAAAAACGAGGCUGCUUGUGAUCAAUUUUCAUCACCAAUUAAUCCAUGGACUAUUUCACUAAAAGGCAAUCUAUUUAGAGAAGGUUACGCUGCUGAUUUAUGCUCUGAAAGCUUUACUGCACUAACACAUUAAUGAAACUGACAGCAAACCACAGACAGAUCUGAAUCUGCUGGGAGAAAUGCCAGCCGAGCAUAAAUCCUUAUGGAAAAUCACCAUGCUGCUGUCUGUAUGAUAUCCAUAUAAUGCUUAAGCAGGGAUUUGUCCUGUAUCCAUGCUGCCGCAGGGACAAAUUUUAGCUGAUGACUGUAUCUUUUGUAAUUCGACUGUCAUGUUCCUGCAUUGUCUCAAUCAAUCAACGUGUAUUUCUGUCUUUAUAAUUUGUUUUUGCUUUGCUCAAUUUCUGAAAUGUGCCUUUAAAACUGGAGAAAACUACUGCAGAUAAAAAUGAGCCCCCAGUCCGUUGAGCGAGUGUCAGUGGGUCAGUAUCUGGGGCUGUAGUCUAGUUUUUUUAUGCCUUUGGGCACUAAAGAUGAGGGGAGCCUCGGGGCUACUAACCCCUCAAAUUAUUAGAAUCUGGGUCUCUGGAAAAGUGUGGAAACUGGUGGACUAUGUGGAAAAGUGCCAAUGAAUGACUUGGAUCUGAGGCUGUGGAGUACUGUCUAGGCAUGUUGGCUUCUGUUUGAGAUUGUGUUGGAGGCUGUGGACUUGUGUUUCAGGAUCAGAUGUUAUACUUGUAUACAGCCUUCCUGACACUUAAACUAGUACAUUUAAUCAAGUGGAAAAGUAUGUGGACCAGAGUUUAAACCUAUGGGCUUGUGCUUGGGAUGUGGGCUACUGUCUGAGGCUGUAAAGUGUUGCUGUAAAUGAAUCUGAAUAAGAGUUUUGGCUGAACUUUAACUGAACUUAGGCUACUGGUAUCUGUCUGAGACUGUUAAUCUAAUUAACCUGUGUGUGUAACAGUGUCACACGCUUUAGAGAAGUGUUUGACAAGGUUGACUUUGGCUGGACUUUGGAUUUGAGGUUGUUGAGGAAGAGUCUGAACCUGCCAGACAGUGUUAGUGAGCAUGGACUAGAACUGUGGACAAACAUCUCAACCCGGGGACCAGAUGCAGAGGACUUGUUUCCAAAUCCAUGGACUCAUGUCGAACUUGUGGUCCAGCCUAGGAAUGCACCGAUCCGCUUUUUUACAGAUAUCUACAGUUUAGUAUCGGCUGACACCGAUCCAAUUCAGAUACAGAAAAGUUACGCUGAAUUACCUUAUUUGUAACUUGAAGUUUUACCACCGCCCCUCAGAGCAUUUACUGCGCAGGUAUUGCAAGUGGCCGUCGACCUUGUUGAGGCUGAGGUAGUGUGGUAAAAUUCAAGAUAGCAGACCCCUUUGCUUGCUCCAUUUUGAAAACAACGUGGGCAUCCGCUCAGCAUGUUUACUUAUGGAUGCCACUCUGCGCAUAGAAUAGAGUUAGACCGAAUAGAUCAGCCCCUAGGGAUCGGGCUCAUUGUCAAAAUACCCGAUUUAGAAUUUUCUUCAGUAUUGGGAUCGAUACCGACAUCAAAUAUCGGAUCGGUGCAUCCCUAGUCUAGCGUAGGCAGGUUUCUGACCUAGUGGGUUAAUAACAUGACUGGGUAUAAAAAGGCACCCCAGAGAGGCAGAGUUUCUCAUACAUAAAGCUGGGAAGGGGUUCAUCACUCUGUGAGACGAGUUUGAAACGUGCCUGGGCUGAAUCUAUAUGCAGCGUCUGAACCUGCAGGUCAGUGUGUGAAGCCAUGAACAUGUCCGAGAUCCUGAUCCAGAGUAGGCGAUUAAAUGCUGACCGUGAAGUUUCAGACCAUGCGCCUCUGUGUGUGAAACUGUUGAUGAGUGUUUUAAUGCCAGGACUUAACAGGACUAGUACCAGAGCUUAUGCCUUUGACCAGGACAAGGAUUGGUAAAUGAUUGAGGUUGAUGAUCCCUGUCUGAACCUGUGGGUUAGUUUCUAGAUCUGUAAAAAAGUGGCAGAUUUAAGAUAGAUCUAAAUUCAGUAAAAUGUUUCAAACCUAUGUAAGUGUUGUGUGUGCAUAUUUAUGUCUACAGAUGUCCAACGUCAGCAUGGAAGCGACCGCCAUCCUCCCAGUUCUCAAGAAGAAACUGGCCUUUCUGUCAGGUAAAACACUCGCCAAAACCACGAUUGAAUCUACUUUAUCUUGUGGACCAAACUGUGUAAUCCUUCUUCACAUACUCUGUCUCUCUUUAGGGGGUAAAGACCGGCGCAGUGGUCUGAUCCUGACCAUCCCUCUGAGUUCAGAUCAGACCAGCAUGGAGGAGCUCAGCGCCACACUGGACUACCUGCUCAGCAUCCCCAGGUACACACACACACACAUGUAGUAGCAGCAGCACUGACAAUAAUAGUGACUCACUGGUUAGUGUCUGUGAGCAGCUAUGUCAACAAAAAGGCUGUUCAGGCUCAUUUCUAACACCUUCUGACAUGUUUAGAGUGAACAGAAGAGCUGCUGGAUCUGUACUUGGUAUUUUGAAGAGGAUCUAGUGUGUUUAGCUGCAUUACUCUAAAAGGCUUAAAGGAUGAUUUUCAGUCCUCUACAGCUUGAGUCUUACCAUUUUGGCUCAAAUAUGAGACACUCCAGACUAUGAGAUGAUACCGUCAUGUCUCACAGCGAUUCCAAGAUACAGAUUCAUUGUAAACCUGUUGGAAAAAUUACUCCAAGUUACUUCAGGUGGAAUUUUCUCCUGCCUUAGGAAUUUUCUUACACAAAUCUGAUAUUUUGCUGCUUGUUUUUACUUUCCCAGUCUUCUCUCAGGUUCUUGGAUGUGGUCAGAAUGAUUCAUGGCGUUUCUUUGACAGUUGUAACAGUUGGCUGUUUGACAGACGAUCCAGUCCCUGGUUUAAUACUGCAGUAAAGAUGUCAGCAGCUGCUUUCAGCUCCUUAUCAUUCAUCGGGAUUUUAUUUUCUCCAAAGUGUCUGACUCAAUCUGCUUGAAAUACCUGCAGGUUAAACUGGGCUUGAUAUAAAAAACACUGACAACAUUGACAAACAGCCCAAAAUACAGCACUCAGUGGGAAAUGGUGUGAAGCUCUCCUGUUGAAAACAUACACUCCUAGAUCUCUAAUGUAGCUGCACUGAAGUGUUUUUGUAUUUAUUAUUCAGAAAUCGCUUCCACAUUUAUGUCAUGAUUGUUUUUUAUAUGCAUACAUCAUUUCAAUGCCUUCACUUUCUGUUAACCAUGCAGCUUUUUGUUUUUUAAUACUCUUAAGUCUUAAACUCAUCAUUGCUCCCUCUGUGCUUCAGUUGACUGGCCAGCACUGUCUACUUAUAAUCUAAAUAAAUUCUUGACUAGCUUCCUUCUUAUCAGUGCCAUUUUAUUAAUUUGAAAUAUACCAGAGCUUUAGUCUUUGCCUUUUGAUCCAGUCUCAAGACUUAUCUUUACUUUCUGGUCCCAGAAAUAAGGCGAACAAGAAUUAUAGGUACGCCGCCUCUGCAGCUUGGAAUCUUCUGCAAGAGGAUUUGGGUCUGAGAGAGCUGGUCCGUUUGAACGGUUUUGAGAGAAGAUUGAAGGCGUUGGAGGAAAAUGCAUCAGGCUGUAGAUUAUUUGGUUGAUUACUUUCUCUUAUAAGAUCCAGAUGUUGAAAUGUGCUGCUGCUGCUGCUGCUCCCCAUCUCUUCCAGGACACUCUUCUAAAAGAGAGUUUUAAUCUUGAUGAGUCUUCCCCGGUCAAAGAAAAUAGAGGAACUCAGUAAAAUAAAUACAGAGAACCAGCUGUAGUGUGGUGAAUGUAGCUGGUAUAAUAUUCAAAAGCUAACUUUGGAUUUGGGAACUUUUUUUAUUAUGGUCUGAUGCCCAUUUGUGUCUAAUUGUCUAGUGUUUUACGACCAAAUCCAUCAGUUCUUUUUGGAAAUCAGAUAAUUUUUAAGCAGUUUUGGACAGGACCUAUCAACUAUUUGUUUCCAUCACAGGAUGCUACACAGUGGAUGUACAGUAGCUUCAUAAUUGUGUUGUUUUGUUUACUUAUUAGAUUUUAUUCUGUUAUAUUUGCACCAUUUUGACUUUUCUUAAGUUCAUCCAGCUAAAUUUCCACAACUUUGCUGGUAAACAGGGAAUGUAACCAAAUCAGCUGUGUUGAAUCACCUCCUUCGUUCUCUUCCUCUCGUUUUUACAGUGAGAAAUGUAAGGCUCGAGGUUUCACUGUCAUCGUGGACGGGAGAAAGUCUCAGUGGAACAUUGUGAAGACUGUGGUGCUCAUGUUACAGGUACAAACAUAUAAUCUGGGUUUCUAUAAUGGCAGACAGUGCUGCACUGAGUUGUUAUGUUUAAAAGUUAGGGAUACUAAUGAUGCUGUUUUUGCUGUUUCAGAAUGUGAUCCCAGCAGAGGUGUCGCUGGUCUGCGUGGUGAAACCUGAUGAAUUCUGGGAUAAAAAGGUCACACACUUCUGUUUCUGGAAGGAGAAAGACCGCCUGGGUUUUGAGGUGAGUCUCACGACUUGAUUAUGUGCUGUUUUUUGAAACCAAGGUGGAAAUACCCGCCGUCAUCGGGAGGAUCAGGAGGAGUUUGAACAACCUGGUUUUGAUUAGACAUUUAAAAUAAACUCUGUGUUUUCUAUUUUUGCUCUUGACAAGAACAGUUUGUUCCAAAACACGCAGCAGCGUUGACACUGUCUCGAGUCCUGAGGUGUUUAAUAUAAAACAAAAAGAAAACGAGGCCGAUAUUUUUACCUUGAGCAGUGAGCAUCACCCACUGGUGCAGGGUGCUGCUGGAAACCUGAGCCAGGAGUAAAGAGUGUGUGUGUGUGUUUGUGUGUGUCUCUGUAUUGUGUAUAUGUGUGUGAUUUUUGGCCAGCCCCAUUCUCUAUUAUAACAGAUGGUUUUACCGGCAGAGAUCAGUAGUCACUGUGACCCAGAUUUUUAACAGCCAUGUUGGCUCUACAAUUGUUGCCACGGUAACGGGAGCAAGUUGGUGGGUCUGUUGAAAGUUGCUGCAGAUAGAUAAUCCAAUCAUAGUUAAUGUUGAGACGACUUUUGUCGGGUAUAAUGGGGUUGUGAUUGUGUGCUGAGGGCAGAGACUGGUGGGGAGAGUGUCCUUGGUGGUGCGUUCAAGGAACCCCCGACGUUUGAGUGUUAAUUGUUAAUUGAGCAAGACGAAGAUUUAAAAGCUGAACAGAUUUAAAUGGAGAGGUGUGCUGCUGAAUGUACAGGGAAGUAAGUAGUCCAGAUUCAUCCAGAAUAUCAUGACUCUCAUAUUGUAUUUCAAUAAGCAGCUGAUGACCUACCACAUUCGUCAAAAUAUGACAUGAUAAGGCAUUUGUGGUAUUCUUGCUAAUUUUGCUCGAUGCGUAUCACAUUCCUGAUUGUAACUCUGGUUUAAGUGUGGCAGAUUAAAUCUCCCGGGGUGCUAUUUCCCUCAUUCUUCAGACACCUACACUCUCUGAACACACACAGCUGUUGGAGGGGGGAUUCCAGUGACGGUGUUGAAAUGUGACUCAUCUUAACUAUGGAGUUUGUGUGUGGAUGUCACAGGAGGGUGUGUGUCCUCCAGCUGCUCCAGAGCCUGGCCUAACAUUUAAAUAAACCCACACGGACAGAGUUGAGUUAAGGUCCUAUGUCAUUAUCAUCUGCUGAAGGGACAACUGGAGGACACACUCACCACCAGCUGCCUCACCCGGCAGGUUUAUUUGUAAAGCUUAUUUUACACACAUGCAGUAUGAAAAGAUUGAGAGUAGAAGACAGAUCUUGCUGCGUUUCCGUUAAAUAUGUUAAGCUUUUCCGCACAGACAAACUUUCCUUAACCCUCAGAUAAGCUCUCAUGAGAGUCACAGGAACUCUGUGAAGCUAAAAGAGGGGUUUGUUGUGAUCGAGGAACUCGCAUCGCUUCAGGUUGAUUUUGAUGGGAUGCUAGGGAUAUAACUCAGGAUCAGUACUCGGGUAUAAAAAUAACUUAAGAAAUAGCCUAGAGGAAAGACUUGUGAUAGAGGAACUUAAUAAUCCAGUGUUGAGGUCUUGCUUUUACGUCAUUUUGAAGCAGCUAGAUGAGGCACAUCUAGCUGAAACAGGGUUGAAAAAAGAUUUAUUUGCAUUUUUACAGAGACGUUUCAAAUGAGCAGAUACAAGCGUAAACUACAGCUUAUAUACUUUUUAUUUUUAAUGCACUUCUCUCCUAUCUUCUUAUUAAAGUAUUGAAUAGUGUGUUUACACUCUGCUCGCUUUCUUCACAGGCAACACUGAGAACAGCUGUUAACUCUCACCCUCUUGUUCACCCUCUUGCAUAAAAGUGAAUCCCAUUAAAAAGGUUUUUAACCUACAAUUAAAAAUGUCUGAUCAGAGCAUUUCCUGUCUGAUUUUCUUUUAAAGAUAGACAACUGUGUUUUCUCUGAUGAGUGCCUUUUGUCAGCCAUAUUGAUGACUGUUUUCCACUGAUAGCUAAAUGGAGUAGUUCUUUUAAAUAUUGCGAACACCCGGUUCUUAGGUUGGAAAUUACCUCCUGUUAUUUCUGUUCCAGUGUUUCCGACAUGACUGCCACUUAAACGCCUCCGGGUCAUUACACAGAGGAACCCUUCCUGAGCUUUUCCACUUCAUAGACUAUAAUUAUGCCUACCCAUAAUGCCUUUCCUUGAAUACUGAGUCAACAAAGAGCAGGGAUUCACAGCGAACGUGUCGGAACCGUAAUGAUCACAUGGUUUACCAUAACGUGGCUCUUCAUAGCUCCCCCAUCGGGGGUUCUGGAGAAUUUUGUGGAGACAGCGAUUUUUUUAUUACAGUGAACAUCCCAACUGCCUCAUUGAGAUAGAUAAUGAAGUAACAGCUCACAACUAAUUUGGCAUGAUAAAUCCAUGAGGCAAUUAAUGAAGUAUUAAUGAAGGGAUGGAACAGAUGCGUGGGAGCAAUAAAAGGAGCAAUAACUGUCGUAAAUAAAACUCCAAAUGAGUUUUUAACACCAGGCUGAAAUAAUCCAACCAUGGAUGACUAUAACCAGUUUUUAGUGUUUUAUUUAUUAACAUCUCUUUUACUUAUUCAUUUCUAUGUUUCCUGUCAGGUUAUCCUCGUGUCGGCUAAUAAACUGACUCGUUAUAUUGAACCCUGCCAGCUGACGGAUGAUUUUGGAGGAAGUCUGGACUACGACCACAGUGACUGGCUCAACAAGAGACUGGUGUGGUUCAUGUUUCUCAUUCCUCAUGGCACUAAUGUUCAGAAAUGUUUGUGUUGCUUUGAUAAUCCACCCAAACCAGGUCUGAAGGAGUUUAUUUGUAUGUUGUUCUUUGCAGGUUUUUGAGAAGUUUACAAAGGAGUCAACAUCACUCCUGGACGAGCUCUCGAUUAUCAAUGAGAGUGAUAAGAGCAGCUCAGUGGACAAGGAGAAGUAUGUGCACACACACACACAAUAGUAUAAAGUGUGCCAUUCUUCAGAUUUAGUUUUUUCAUUGCUUACCAGUCUGACAAGACAUUUCAGUUAUUUAUUACUGUUAAAAAUGUAAGUCACAAGCAAAGGCAGGGAGCCAAAUGUGGAAAUAAUAAUAAUAAUAAUAAUAAAGGUGGUACCAUCAAUUUGCUAACAUUAUUUCCCAUAUGAGAACAAAUGCAAACCAUAAUAAUAAUAAAAGCUAAUGAUGCACCUUAACCUUUUUGCCUUUUUUGGAAGGUGUAAGUUUCAAUUAUCAGGGCGAAACCACUCAAAGCUCCUUCCCUUGUAAUUGUAUGCAUAGUAAUGAAUGUCUGUCUUCCUUCUGCAGAUCAGCUGACUGUGCUCUUCUGCCUUCCUUUGACCCUGAAACUGUUCUUCAGACCGGUAAAUAUCAUUUAUUAUUACCUCACCGCCUGCUUUUAUACCAAUAUCAUCUAUAAGGAACUGUUCCUCCACAACAAUGCAACAGAAAAACUUAAACUUACCAGCCCAGAACUUUGAAAUUCAGCUAAUUUCUGUCAAAUGUUGAACUAUACAUUUAUCUUGAAUUUUUUUUUAAAUGAGUGACUUUAUUAAUUAAGAGUGCAUUAGGAGAGACCUUUAAAACUGGGUCUGGUUACUAUUAUUUUGAUGUGCUGAUUUUACAUUGUAAAGGAGGUUCGACUCAGGAAUAAGGAUGUUUUUUCCCUCACAGCUCAGUUCAAAAGAGCUUUAAAAAGAACUCACUUUAUUUGAACAGUAACUCAUCCAGCUCCUAAUGUUGAACUCACCUGCACUUUCACUUUGUGCACACCUCCUGUGCUUUAAUCUCCUUUACUUAUCAUUUCUGGCCAUGAGCUCUGGGUAGUGAUUUCAAAGCUGUGACUGUGGAUCCCAGUAACCAUUAAGGUUUCUUAGCAGGGUAUUUAUCUGGGCUCACCCUGACCUACAGCUAAGGAGGUCUUUGGUACUCAGUCUGCUGUCUACGAGACCUGGAGCUAAAUAGACACUAAAGCAGGAUGAAUGAUGGAUGGUUGUGUUAACUGUACUGAGCAGCCUGUGUCUGAGUGUCAGGCAGAGGUGAAAGGAGUCUUUGUUUGCGGUACCACCCUCCUCCCUCUACCAGCUCCUUUCAUAAUGUAACAUGGUGUACACCAACACUGGUGUGUUAUUGUUUCAGAUGCUUUUAUAACAGGCUUUUAAAUCUCGAGCCACCCCUUCUGUCUCUCUCUCUGUCUGCAGGUCAUGAGCUGCUGUCGGAGCUGCAGCAGCGUCGUUUUAACGGCUCAGAGGGAGGCGGUGGAGGACAGGGAGGUGAGGAAGCAGCUUCAACUAGGUGUAACUCUGCUUGUCUGGCUGGGAUAAAUAUGCAGCUUUGUAGAGCUGCAUGAAUGAAUAUGUAUUUUUUUGUGUGAUUUUCUCUCUUUAAGCCGUUUUUUUGUUCGACAUGCGCAGCUGACUGCAGCUAUUCAGCCAUUCAAGAGUACUACACAUGGCACUACAGUGUGAAGUAGAGUGAGAGGGCACACUGAACAGUGGCUCAGACCUCUCUUACAUCCUCUCUGUCCUUGUAAUUUUUCACCAAGCUGCGCAACUUUAGAUUCCCAGAAGACAGAAACAACCCAGCACACUCUCUGUGUAAUAUUCCCCCUCUGUAGAAGCUUGUCCUGCUCGCUGCUAUCAGACACCAAGCUAAUGUUAUUGACUCUGUCGAGCUCUUUAUUGGAUUUUGGGAAGCUUACACUCAAGCAACCCCAGGCAAUGUUGUUACCUGAGACGGGAUUAAUGUUUACCAAACUCAUCAAUUAGCCCGCACAGGGAAAGUCUUUUCCCAUCUACAAGAGAAGUGAAAAAUAAGAGUAAGGUUAAAAACCAUACGUCAUUAUAUGAGAAUAAAUUUGAACAUUUUUACGAAUCCUACCAUAAUGUAAAGACUAACAGCUGGCUCAUUUCUGACCGUUGGAAAAAAAUGAAAAGUUUUCAAAAUUAUGGAGCCAUAAGUCAUAAUUCUAAGUUAUGAUGCAAAUUGAGUGAUAAUAAGUCUAAAUCUUGAGAUGUAUAUUCAUGAUUUGAGAUUAAAAUUAUAUUUAUGUGAUGGUAUGGGAUAGUGUAUUAUAAGCUGAUGUUAAUUACAGUACAGUAUGGCUCAGUAGCUUCCCAGGCUGCUCUCACAUCUGUGCCUUAAAACUGUCACUACUUCUGAACAAUGAAAACUGGUCUGACACAAACAAAUAUGUUUUAAUUGAGAUUAAUCGUUUUUGCCACAGUGUCAACAGGCAGAGGUUAAAUGUGCUGGACUCACUCAGACUGGUUUGAUGUGACCCGUGUGCUCAGGCUGUCUCUGGUGCUUUUUCUGUUCAGAAUCCAUCUGUGUUGUUAGCGGGUUUCGACCAAUCAGAGUCAAGUUUUCAGCACAGCUGGGUACAAGAUGUAAUGAUACGGAGAAUGUGUGUCAUGGUUAUAAGACUCAAACAAAAGGGGUUAAGAUUUUGAGCUUAAGUCAAAGUGUACUAUAUAAUGAAAAAGACUCGUGAACAAAAAUCCAUGUUCCUGUCUUUAUGCUCUGGGUGAGAAGCUACAAUGUGGUUUUAAUGUUGAAUCGCUGUGUAACAAGUUUUCAAGGGUUUCUGACAAGAAUUCACUUCUUCCAAUUGGUUUGAAACUGAAAAACAAAAAGUCAGUGACAAUUUUUUCCAGAUUUUCAUAUGGCCAAAAUUAGCUGCUAACCCCACAAACAAUAUUUUUAUAUUUGAUUCAGAAAUAUUUGACAACUACUAUCACCAUUUGUAGUGAUGAUAGGAAAUUCCUCAUUUCUUAGUUACAAAGUUUAUGCUUUAAACAAAUAUGCUGAACAUGAUUUUUGACCUCUGAAUAUGGAUAAAUUUCCCUCCAGAUUUUCACUACUGCUUGUCUGUUCAGAUAUUUAUCAAGCAGUUAUAAAAAUUACGUAUUGUCAGGUAUCUAGCUCUUAUUAUACAGUUAUUUCAGCUCCUUUUGUUGAUUAAAUUUUGAAUACAGGCAUACAACCGUUUUCUACACCAGAGGAAAAUGACCGUUUUGUUAAUAUAGCCAUCAGAACACUCAGAAAGGGCCCAUAGCAACUGUAACUAAGAGGCAUGGUCAAGUCCACUCAAUGCCACAGAACUUCUGAAACUCUAAGUGUUUUAUAUUUUUGCAGUGUGAUGGCUCAUGUCAGAUUAUCUGUGUUGUUAUUUUUUGUAAUCCCCUUUUUGUAACGGAGAGCUUGACCCUCCUGACCGUAACUUUAGAUCAGCCCCAUUUUACACUUUGGGAUGAAGUGGAAUGCUGAUUGUGAGCCAGACCUAUCAGACAUCGUCAGUGUUGGGCCUCAGUAAUACUGUUUUGGCUGAAUGGGAGCAAAUCCCUGCAGCCAUGUUCCAAAAUCUGCUGUACAGCCUAAAAGCAGGAGAGAGAGGGUUUUGCAGGAGCAGAUUAAUGCGUAUGGUUUCAGAACGACAUGUUGAGCCAUCACAUACGACUGUAAUGUUCAUGUUUGCACGCAUUAGUCCAUAUGAUUUAUGCUUUUCAUGAGGUAGACAUUUAAAUCUCUAUCAAAAAGUUCUGCAAACACUUGAGAAAUUCUCCAAAUGUGUAAAAAAAAAAAUUCCACUAUGAACAUGUUUGCAAAGUUUCUUCAGUGUUGCCAGAAUGGUUCAUAUGGUGCUACUAUUACUACUUCACUCAAAGUAAAGGUAGCUUCCUGGACUCUAUUGAUCUUCUACUUGAACUCUCUUUGACUCCUGACCUUCAGGUCCAGCCUGGUGCCCCAUGGAGGAGGAGCUGCUGGCUCAGCCUCAGGUGAUGAAGCUGCUGGACUCACUCAGGGAGCAGUACACCAAAUACCAGGAGCUCUGCAGGCAGAGGAACAAACGCACUCAGCUAGAUGAGAUCCACGCCAAGGUCAUGCAGGUAAUACAUUAACACGCACACUCACAGAGUUGUUGUUGUUGUUGCACACUUUCUCCAUCAGUAAAUGAGGAAGUAUUGGAUCCCAGAUUGUUAAUUUACUGGAAUAAAUCUUGAUGAGCAAAACUUGAUUGAGAUUGAGAAUAGUUUUGAUUUUUUUAUCCAACUUUAGAGCGGCAGCAACACAAGGUUUCAACAACAAAACAAUCACACUUAUCCAGCACGACUAAAGGAGUCUGUUAUAGAAGUUAACCUAGACACGGGCACACUGGGAGCCUGGACUUUGAGACAUUUAACAAAUAAAUACAUUCAGGCUGACUUGGUUUUGUAGUUUAAUCCGUCUGUAGAUUGUUCCAGAAAAUGUUGCAAAAUACCCAAAAGCCUCCUUCCUUAACUCAGUUCAGACUUUGGGAACAACAUAUUGCUCAAUCCAUCCUCCAGGGUUAAAAGUGAGGAGAGGUAAUCCAGUAUUCUGCCCAGAAUGGCUUUAUGAAUAAAGAUAAACCAGUGACCAGUCCAGUUGACUUUGGAAUAUAAAGUGCAAUGAUGGGUGAAAAAUCACAACUUGUCAAUGCACCAUUAAUGCACGACGUUGAGGCUGAGGACUUUAAGCUGAAGCACUCAUGUACAACACAUCACCAUAAUCAAAAAUGGGUAAAAAGGUCGACUCCACUUAUUUAUUUUGUCACAUAAACUGAAAAUCUGGACUUUUUUCUGAACAGAGUGAAACCUUAAAAGACAAACUGUUGUCAGUGUGAAACCCUAAAUGUUUUUAAGUAGAUACCAACUGAAUUUCCCACCUGUCUUCACAAACAGUAUUUCCUGAUGGGCCUGUUUUCACCGCUCUUUAAGAUGUAAAACACACAAGUUUAGUUUCACCUGCAUUUAAAACAGGUUGCAGUUGAUAAACUUGAAUCAAAUGUUUGCUGAAAAUUUGCUAUCAUCAUGACAGGAAAUAAGUCGUAGUGUGGAUAUGGAUUUUUUGUUCUUUAAAGUGCAGUUUGACUAAAAGACCUUGUUGUUUUAAACUCUGUUUGUUGGUUGUUUGAUAUAAGAGAUAUUUGUGUGAAAGACAUUUUGGUGUUAGUUUUUAGGAGCCCUUUGUAGAAACAUGUGUCUGCAGUAUGUUGAAUUUUAAUUUUGAUCAUGUUUACUGCUCUCACUACACCCUGUUCAACUGUAGUACAUGUCCACAAAGAAUACAAAUGAACGCAUCCAUAAGACACUCACAACUCUUCAUUUACAUUACUCUUCCACAGCAUCAGCCUCACUCUACUUUCAGCCUCGUGUCCCGAUGACUUAAUCGUUAUAUCUUUGACCUUUGACCCUCAUAGCAGUGAGUCAGUGAGAUGCUUCACUGCACUUCAUUAGAAGUAGACUCCUCUGUGGUUAAUGCUGUUCUUUCAGCUUUGGGGGGGGGCUUAUGGGCUGCACCACCGUCUUGGAGACGGGCCUGGGGUUUCCAUAGUAACUGAAACAUGUCGGUCGCUUGCCUGGAGGAUUUGAGGUGGGGGGUGUUGGCCUAGUUCUGGAUCGAACUGUGUGUGUGUGUGUGUGUGUGUGUGUGUGUGUGUGUGUGUCAGCUCUUUGAGGCAUCGCUGACCUGAUAAAUACAAUUAAAUCAUAAUACUGACACACAUCUGGAAGACGGCUUCAGAUGAUAUCUCCUUAUCAUGUAAUAUACUCAGUCUAUUUAUUAUUGUAGAUAUUAGCAUACAUGAACAACUCACAUCAUAAUUACAGUCUCUGACUCUAUCUUGUGAUAGUUGGCCUAUUUCUAUUUAUAUACAUGUACUUGUUUACAUAGCAUCUAUGUAAGCACUGCUGAACUACAUUCAAGAUCUUGUUUUAAUAUUGUUUAUCCUUAAUAGUAUAGAAAAAAAAAACAUAUAGGGGCACCAGUUUAGCCUAAUUGUAAUAAAUCAUACAACCUUUCACUGCAUGCCAUUCUCCUUUCCACUUUCCUACUUUACGCAGCUCAAGGAAGAACAUUUAUGAUAAUUUUUUAUGGAAAUGCAAUCAGACUGAGACACUAAGGCAGAAGAACUACCGUGUCUGCAGUGCAAAAUGAUUAAUAUGGUGAUUAUAACUUCAAGGAAAUGAUGAAGAAAUAAUCAUAAAUGUUCUUCCUUGAGCUGCGUCACCCCACUGCAGUCGAUGGACUUGCCCGGAGGUCUCCAUACAAAUAAGCGCCUGCUGAGAGAGAGGGUGAGUUGUGUGAAACAAGAAAUCAGGAAAAGUUAAAAAGAUGUUUGAUGACUAGUACUAUGGCUGAGACCCUAUAUGUACUGUUGAUGAAGUUAGGUGCUGUUCUGAGCUUUAUUUGUGGCUAUAGAGUGGCACUUUGGUUGAGCUCUCUGUAUUGCUAUCUGCGAUCGUUACUAAGUUGUUAUAACUAGAGAAGCAAGCCGUCGGCAACAUUCAUCUCUCAACAGGGUUGCUGACUCGGUGUUAUGGUGUGUUUGACCCUAACUUAAUUUUACGCCGGAAUAUUCCUUUAACUUUGUCACGAGGUUGAUUAAAUUGAUUCAGAGGGCAGCAAGAGUCACAGAGUUAUUUUGAAGUCAAAGAGCAGAUUAAAAAAAAUUGAGAUUUCUGAUUGAUACCUUAAGAAUGUUUAUUCUUGUCUCCUCCAACUUAGUUCAGUGUCAAAGUAAAAUUCAAUCCAACACACUGAAUGAUACUUUUAUAAAUUUUGUGUGACUGGAAUAAUUCCCCCCACUCAUGUGCAAUAGCUGUUGGAUAUCAGUUUCUUUCUGUACUUUCCCUAUCUGUUCUGGCUGUAAUGUAUCAUGUAAAAAAAUCUGUCAGACAAGCAGAAUGAGGGAGAAAAAGAAAACAUCAGGGGAGCGUUGAACGUGUUUGAUGGAGUGUGACAUAGACCCUGAGAGCCCCCUGCUGGCUGCCCUGCAGAACUGCAAUACAGGGAAUGAGAGAGUGACACAAACCACAGUGUGUCUCUGAGGAGCAUUCACAGGAGUCACAAGACAGAACAAGUUUAAACAACUUUAUUAGAUUUGAGUUUAAAUUUAAAGUCCUGUUAAUGAGCUCACCCCCUCACUGUCACUGAACUGACUGCAGCUUCUGGCCCACGCCUGCAGAGCACAUUGUGAAGUUUGUAAUUUGAUGAUGCUGCGUACAACAGAUGUCUUUCCUACAACCAGGACCUCCCACCUCUUUCUUUUAGCAUUUAAAGAAAGUCUGUAUUUUUCUCUUUCUUGUUGUUUCAGGUGGUCACUUGGCUGCAGGGUCCAGGCUCAGAGCUACUGAAGACUCAGCAGGAGAUAGGAGACUCGAUGCGAGCAGCUCAGGCCCUGCAGCAGAAACACGAGGAGAUCGAGAGCCAACACAGCGUAAGGCAACACAACCACAUGCUCACACACACUCAUUGUAAUCAUGGAGUUUUCUUAAGUUUCCCUUCAAAAUAGUAAGUAGAAGUUUUUAUUGUGUUACUGUGAGCACACUGCUGAUUCUCUGUACUUGUGUGUGUGUGCAGGAGUGGUUUGCAGUGUAUGUGGAGUUGAACCAGCAGAUCGCUGCCUUGCUCAGUGCCAGCGAGGAGGAAGAAGUGGUGGAGCUGAAGGCUCUGCAGCAGCAGCUGAGCGACGUCUGCUACAGGCAGGCGGCUCAGCUGGAGGGUCGACAGAACGUCCUGCAGGCGGCACACGGUUUCCACGGCACCACCCAGGAGGUAACACACUUAAACCAACACACAGACAUACAGGAACACUCGUGACACACACUUUAUGUCAGCUGUUGUUUUUUAUGUUUACACUUGAAAGAGCCCUGUGUUCAAAGAAAAACCUCCAGGGUUGUUUUUAGUUUCAUCUGGGCUCAUCUCUGAAGUAGGUCCAGGAUGCAUCUACCCUAUUUUAGCUUACAGACUCUAGGAAGAGGGACACUGCAGUCUGUGAGCAUCAAAAGAAGGAAUUAGACAGCUUUUCCAGAGUCAAAAUGCAAGAAAAUGAAAGUGCAGAGGUAAUAAAUUCUGAUUAUUCAAAGUUCUGUGUCUUUCUCCAUAGUUGUCCCAGCAGCUGGACGGUCUACUGGGCAUGCUCUGCGCUGACGUAGCUCCAGCUGACGGCGCCUCAAUUCAACAGAACCUCAAGCUAUUGGAGGAGAAGCUGCAGACUGUCGGUUCGUAAAAAAGAUGAUCUCUAACAUAUUUUGUGUCACUGACAUAGGAUUAACGGCUAUAUUAAAGCAGUGACACAUGAGCAGCUGGUGACUUUGUGAUAUAAUCAUCUCUUCCUUCUUGCAGAGGCAGGCCUGUCAUCACUGCGACAGAAGGGGGCGAUGUUAAUGGAGCAGGUGUGCACCCAGCCGACGUGGGCUCUGGAGGAAACGGAGAGUCCGGCUGGAGAGCAGCAGGACAACGUUCAACAUGUUCAGGCUGUGAUGGAGGAGAUGCAGCUACGCAAGCAGAGGUCACAGAACUUCACAUUUUUAGCUGCAGUCCAACUGUGAUUUUAAGGAAUACAAAUCAUCUAAAUGCUGUAAUUAAUACUGCAGCCUCUGGGGGGCAGUAGCAGCAAGUUAAAUUAUCAGUGAGGCCUGUAAAUUGUGCCCUUAUACCAGCAUGUGUAUGGGUUGCAGGUGCGAGGACAUGGUGGAUGUAAGAAGGCUGAAGAUGCUGCAGAUGGUCCAACUUUUCAAAUGUGAAGAAGACGCUUUGCAGGUACAGCAAAACACACAGAGACAUGCACACAACUGCGCUUCUUGUGUUGGGAUUGUAUUGUUUUGUAUUAAUGGUGGCUGGUGUGUUUCCAGGCAGUGGAGUGGCUUGGAGAGCUGAUGGACGCCUUGUUGAAAACUCACGUCAGGCUAGGCGAAGACUCUCAAGAGAACAGGACCUUGUUGGACAAACACAGGAAAUUUGUGGAUGUCGCUCAGGUGAGACAUUUGUUCUCCAUUUGUUAUGAUCUACUGUUUAUGUUAAUCAGACUAACCCAAAGUAAUAAAUGUCUUCAUAUUCUUUCCCUGUUCAGAGCACCUAUGAUUACGGCCGCCAGCUGCUGCAGGCGACUGUUGUCCUCUGUCAGUCUCUGCGCUGUACGACACGUUCAUCUGGUGACACUCUUCCGAGACUCAACCGAGUCUGGAAACAGUUCAGCGUCAGCGCUGAGGAGAGACAACAGAGACUGGAGCUGGCUCUGAACUUUCACACUGCUGCUGAGCGGGUAAGGCCGACUUGAAGAGACUUCACAGUUAAAAGACAGGUGUCAUAGCAGCAGGACAGUGUGGCUAAGAUCAGGAUAGACACGCUAAUAAUAAUCAUCCUAAUGUUAGACUAAUUUAUCUAUAUUUUAUGACCUUUUCACACUAUUACAGCCUUCAGGAAUUGUGUCCUCUGUUUGUUUCAGGUGUUACAGCAAGAAUGUGUAGAUCCAGAGUCUCUGGAUGAAGUCGACUCUUCAGGGAAAAUUCUGCUUGACAGACUGACCAUGCCUGUCAUCUUCCCAGACGGGUACAUUAACACGCACAUACACACAUUUAGGCAGCUACUGCUUGUUAUUACCAGGUCGUCAUUUUUAGGCAACCUGCCAUUUAAAACCCAGGAUUCACUGUUUUACCCAUAGACUGUAUUUACUUUGGACAACUUGGUUCCGCCUUCUGCAAGUAUAAGGAUUCGAAGCUGAAAAGCUCUCUGUAUUUCUGCGAUUUUUCUCCAUUUCCUGAAACCAACAAUGUGCAGUAGCAUUGUACACUUUCGGCUCCAACAGCAUAUCCCCCGGGUGGGCUACACAAUCUCCGUGUGCCCAUAGGCUGUAUCAGGUGUCAAUCGUAGAAAACAUGAACCCCCUAAUAACUUUUAAAAAUUGAGUUGUACAGAAAAAAAAGAGGACUUGAGCACAAACCAGUCUUAAACUACAUGUCAACAUCGCAAUCAGGGAGGUGAAAAAAUUAUAUUCUGUGUAAUAAAUUUCUAAGGAUGGCUGGCGGAGGCAGGAUUUAUGACCUAUACUGCAGCCUGUCACCAGGGUGUGCUGUUCUCGGAGUGGCUUCACCCAGCAAGGAGGCAGACGGUGUCCAUUCUAUAUACAGUCUAUGGUUUUACCUAAAUGUCUGGUCACCAUUAACCCCUGGCUUUUUAAGUGCUAAAUGUUUAGCUGUGUCAAACACUUGGGCUCUGAUCGCGUCAGUCUUUUGGUCGUCUCCACAUUGUGAUAUAUGCAAGAAUACACAAACAAACUCAUUUUGAUGCAAACCUCUUUCAUUUUAGGAGCGAGCAAUACUUCGGGACCCCCAGUGAUACAGCAGCGGCAGCAGAGAGCGUCAGAGAGCGCCUCCUACUGGUUGAGGAACGUCGGCUGCAGCUGCAGGAAGCGAGGCUUCAUGACGAGGAUGAGGAGGAAGAGCUACUCAACGGGCAGGAGUCACGGCUUGACGUGAUUGGAGAGGAACUGAGUGAGAAAGAGGAGCAAGACGAGGAGGAAGAAGAGGAGGUGGAGCAAGAUGAAGACUUGGAGAGAGCCAAACAGGACUGCUAAUGGAUCACUGAAGACGUUAAACCGGGCAGCCUUAAUGGAGUUCGUAAGCGAAGGGCUGCUUCUUAAUAUCUUAUAAAGCCUCUGAUAUCUCCUCCCUGUGGUAAUGCAGCAGGAAGUCCAUCUGUAGUGAAAGUACUUGUUUACAUCAGGACUUCUUUCUCCAUCAACCUGGCUGCUUACCUUUUCUGAAAGAGAGUAAACAUGGACGAGGUUUCUCUUCCUUCAGUCCUCGCUCAGCAGAAACUGUCAAAGCUAGUACAACGUUCGCUCUGGAAAAACUGUUUUUAUUUGCCAUCAAGCACUCUAACGGGAAACAGAUGUAAAAUACUGGAAGUAUUUACUGGAAUUAUUAAUAUUAACGUCUUUGGAUGCUCUGAUGAAGAUGAUCAAUCGAACUUAAACAGUUUAUAUAAGAUACUCCUUAUAUCUCCUAACAUCACCUCAUUGUUCCCAGCAUGCCAUUUGCUUACUUAGUGAGCAGAGCUUUCAUGGUGCUAACAUGCUAACCUAAUAAGGUUUCUGUCAGUGCCUCAUUUGACUUCCUGUGGCUUUUCUUUCAUAACAUCUGGACCGCCGUGUCCAAACCGCGUCAUACAAAAGACUCUUGUGGGGGGUCUGAAUGUGCUGAGGGCAAAUGACCAGACUGUGGAAACCGCGCAACCUCCACAUCCCGAGAUUCGAGUAACAAACAUUGCACUGAGUGUAAACUGUACUGUGGCAAACCUUACUAAGAGUCAUCUUCAAACUAAAAUAAUGAUUCAGCGAAGUGUUAAAGUGCCUGCCCACACAGAUAAUAACCCAGUCAAGUCACAGCGCCAACAGAGGGAUCCAAAACUGAAGCCUACUGAAGAGUAAAUAGUGACACAGGAAGCACCAAGUUUACUCAGACAUUUGUGGUAUCAUAGGGUAAAAGACUAUUUCUGACCCAUAAUGUAAUAAUUUCUGCUCAAAUUUAGUGUAAAUUAGCACCUUGAAGCCAAGUUUAUCCUUACCUUAUGGACUCAGACUCUAGCUUUUACUGAGAUCUUUGAGAUACUUGUAACUUCAGGUUUUGGCGAUUUGAACAAAACCUUAAUUUCCAUUUUGAGGUCUCGUUGAAAUUGUGCAACUGGAGUAAAAAUCUUUGGAUUCAAAACUUUUACGAUUUGUCUUCAGGGUUCUCAAGUGCCUCAGAGCAACUGCACGCUUUUCACCGGAAGCAUUUUCUGCCUGUUUGCUGUUUAAUUUGACAAAAAAAUCAGAAACUAAAGGGAGGUGAGUGGCUUAUUAGCACCAUAUAUUUUAAUCUCAGUUGAACUAAAGACCAAUGAUUUGACAAUUUUAAAUGAAAGUUUUGGGAAAUAUACAGUAAUGGAUCCAUCUUUCAAGGCUUAAUCCACUCUGGUGCUCUCAAGCAAACCUCCUGCUGUAAUAUUUACGGUCUAGAUCGGUAAGGCUGAGGAUCAGUCAAGAUUUGGUACACAGAUUUGUGGUCAUUUGCCGGCUAAGCACCGUCUGAACGGAUGUUUGCUUUUGUAUUUAUUUGGAGUUUUUACAAACAAACCUCGCUGUAAUUGGUUGCCAUUUCUGACCAAUAACUGCUGCUGUAAGUAUAACCGCUAAAUACUGUGUCUUGCAUACUUCCCCCUCUGUCUAAUGACAUCAUCCUCUGAAUAAAGAAGCUUUUGAAGUUCCUC